AUGACAGCGGAAGUGGCGAGGGUGCGCGCUCUUCGGUAUGCGUGCACCGUGCUCCUCGCUCUCAUCACCCCAUCCAUCCGCACGACACACACCAUAUCAUCUCCUCCAUCGACGGCACCAACAUUCUCUCCACGCCCAUCCAUGGCGAUCUGGCCAGCUCGCAGAACCUCGCCGCAAUCGCGCGACCGUCGCUCGAGCAACCAUCUGAGCCCACGCCGCUGUGCCCGAGAGGCGUCCAAUGUCGCCCCGCUCCACGCAGCGGGCCCUCUGGCCUCUCAGAACUGUGCGACCGCGCGCCAUGCCCACCCUCGCUCUUCUCCCUUGCUGCGCCGCACCAGGCCGCACCGCAGGCACGUCCCGGAGCCGCGCAUGCCCAUGCGAGUCGCACGCAGUGCUCUCGCUCGCUCGUUGUUGCCCGUCGUCCGUCAUCCGUUGUCCGUCGUCCGUCGCCCGCCGCCCGUCGCCCGUCACCCGUCGCCCGUCGCCCGUCGCCCGUCACCCGUCGCCCGUCGAAUUCAGCGAGCACUUCGACGACGCCUCGGAGAGACCGUCGCGUCGAGCACUGCGCCUCCAGAGCGCACGAAUCGCUGGCUGUCACCGCACCUCUUUUCCCAGACACGAUGCUACCGGUGCGACGAAUGGCCGAUCGACUCCGUCGGCAACGCCGGCGAUGUGAGAAGCGAAGAGGAACGGGAGGGGGAACGGGAACGGGAACGGAGAGGAAGAGGGGAAGAGCGGAGGGACCGAUUUACGAAGACGAACGCGUCGCGCUCGUCGGUAUCUAUCGUUUGCGUAGCCACGACCCAGGUUCUCAAUACCCUCCUUCAGUCGCUCCCGGCUUCCCGGCCCCCCCAAUCUUGUAGCAAUACCGAGACUCCACAUACUACAUAGCUUACAAUACGCUAGCCGUCGCGCUCUCGCUCAUCGUUCCGCAGAGAGAGGGUUCGAUAGAGAAAUAAGCAAAAGAAAAAAAAAUCCAUCCAUCCAUCCAAAUCCGAAAU